AUGUCCAUCAGUAAAUUCUCCACGCAUGACGAUCAAAUGUCGAUGGAGACUCAAGAGACCAGAAUGUUGCUUUCAAGACGAUCAUCGGCAGUUCAAUUAAAUGGACAUUUUGAAAUCUGUGAGAUCGAAUCGGAAAUGAAUCAGGAUGAAUCAUUGACAAGGACUUUUGAAAUCGUCAACUCAUCAGCGCUUUCACAGCAGCUUGAUGCUCAUCUCCAACGUCAAGACGUUGAAAUCCCUUCAAUCAACAUGCACGAAAUGCCUUCAAAAGUUUCAAGUCGAUCAGCUUCGCCCAGCAAGCCAAAAAGCCAGCGUCAGCUCCAUGAUGAUGUCGAGUCUGUCAAAAUCCAAAAAAAUGUGGCUGCUACUUCACUUAGAAGUCGACCACGUUCUCCAAGCCUCGAAACAAAUUCAACUUCCUGUUUGCCGUCCGGUAAGCUCGAGCACCCAGCAAAGCAAGUUCCUAAAUUGUCAAGCCGGCAAGUUAGUGAACGCAUUACGCUCCAUGAUAAUGGGGCGCUUGCUAUUAGACCAAGUUUAUCAACGCGACAGCGCAGUGAGCGUCAACAGACUCAUUGGAAUUUGAACAGCGAGGAAGGUAGCACAUUAAUCAGGCCAGUAGAGUCAAUGCCCUGUGCAAACAAUACUCAAGAACGGAGCGAUAAUGGAGAAUCGCAUGUUAACACUUAUCAUCAUCAUGAGCUAUCUCAAUCAGAAACCAAUCCUGCCAAGAAGCAUUCUACUUCUUCCGCGUUAGUCAUCAAGUCUAUACUAUCCAGUCCCGUUUCAAGAUUUGUACCAUUAGAUAAUCUGUGGACGUAUGGUCAACGUGUAUUUGGACGAUACAAGAGGACACCAUACUUUUACUCGGGUAACCUUGCUACUUAUUUGGGUGCAGGUAUGUUUAUGGUUGUUUUUGACGAUGGAACUAUCAAUUAUCGUGUCCAACGAGAAGACAUAAUGGUACGAGAGAUGCUUACGACAAGUAACCAGAUGCUGAAAAAACAUGGUGUAGAUGAAAGUAAGAACAGUCCUUGCACACGAAGAAAAAGUGAUGCGUCCAGCGCUAAAAGCAAUAGCAAUUUAACCGAAAAGUAUGCUAUUGACAUGAAAUUGCGGAGAAAAUCUCAACAAAUGCUCUACGAUGACAUUGUAAACCAUUGUCCAGACGCAUUGGUAGCUCCUGAAAUGAGACUUCUUCCUUCACAGCACGUUAUGGUAGACUUCUCUUUGACUCCACCACGAGAAGUUAUACUCAGUUUUGACGACAAUUGCGUUGUGGCUGAAGUUGGAGUAACUUCUUUUAAAUGCAGUCAACCAAAGACUGAGAACGAGCGAUGUGUCAUUCAAGAUGAAGCUCUGAAUAUGACUCGCCUCGAUUGUGGUGUAGCGUACGAGGAUGACUCAACUCAAGCUAGUGAUUCAGAGGAUUCAAGUGACGAAGACAUGCUAAUGACACCGUGGCAACAGAUGACACAGACUUUUGGCAUAACUAAAGCUACUCGUCCACAACGAGGAACGGGACGAAGGGCGACGAUGUCAUCAGUUUCUCAAAUCGAACGAAUAUCGAUUACACAUAAAGGCAGGAGGCAGCAGAAUUCAAUAACACCAAAAAGUUUUUGGCAGAUUAUCGUCGAAUACUUCUUACGUGGUAAUAGAAGAGUACAGCCGACGAAACUCACGGAUGAACUUGCUCUUGCCGAACAUGUUCGUCUAAUGGAAGCAAAGCUCUAUACGAUGCGCUCGGAUCGAUGUAAUGCUACCCAAAAAGCUGGUGAUAGUGUUCGAGUUGUGUACGAACGAGCUCCUAACGGCAUCCGGGCCUAUGGUGCAGUUACACGUCGUGUUGAAAAUGGAAGCUAUGCCGUGUUAACGGAAGACGAAGACAGUCUUACAGUUGAGGUAGUACCACAAAAUAAAGUGGAACUGUUGCCAUCAGUGAACGAACUGGAGCAACAACUUACAGAUAUUGAGCGAUCACAACGCGUGUUUUUUGCUGGUCAAAAAGUGCAAGUCUCACUUCAUCCUGAAACCCGCUUUUGUGGUCGUGGUGUGAUUACCCUCGAACAAGAAUCUCAAACUUAUUUUCACGUGUUGCUUGAAAGUCGUAUUCGAUUAGUAAAUGUUCCGAUAGACAAGAUCAUUCCUGUGCAAGAAAAGAAGAAAGCCACAAUUUCGAUCACGGAGGAUCAGUUCCUUGUUUGUAAUAACAAGGUCAAAGUGUACAUUGGUGACCAGAUAUACGUCAAAUGUAUGACCGAGAAUGAUGACUUAGGUACCACAAGCGAGGAAGAAAAAGUCGGGCAUCUAAAUGGAGUUUACUCAAACAAUACUGCUGCUGUUGACUUCGCGGACGGCUCAACAGGCUACGAAAUCCCUCCUCAUCUAAUCUACAAGCGCAAGCGGCUUAGUGUGCCCUUAGAUCUUGAUGUAAGGUCAUUGAAAAAUGCUGUGCUAAUGCAGGCCUCGGCAACCGCACAAAGUGGAGGGAAACGAACAAUUCCAGUCCUAGAGGAAGGGUACCAAGUUAAAGCAGAUCAUCCACGUAAGGCAGCCGUCGAAAGUUGCGUCGUGAUCAAAAUACACCCUUCCUCUGCUUGUGAUCUUCGUUUUUCAGAUGGGACUAUUAUAUUUGAAGUCUUUCCAUCUCAAAUGAUUAUUGACAGCAUCGAGAAUCAGCGUUUUCAGUUACAAGCUCGAUUUUGCACUAAUGAAUCGAGGAAUCGGACGCUUCAAAUGCCCGUGUAUGCUAUAGAUGACUAUGUCCUUGCAUGGAGCUCACGUUUUGGACGCUAUUGUUCUGCUAAAAUAAGAGCCAAGACUUUCAAUGACUCCAUCAGUGAUUCAGAGUCCGAGCCUGGUGUCGACCGAUCAGCGUCUUCGAUAGUUCAGUCUAUUGCAACAGAUAGCGUUGAGUACACCUUAGUAUUCGACUAUGGUGAACAAACAACGCAUGUGCCGACCGACAAGAUCACCCGAUUAGAUGAUACAACUGCUCUUUCGCAUACGCAGCGGUUAACUAAUUACAGCAUUGAUACAAUGGGGUUUGAGCUCUCACGUGUGACUUACACGAUCGGAGAAGCUGUGAUGGCUCGAGUCCAUGGUACAGCCCGAUACUUUAAUGGCAUUGUCGAAGCUGUCAACGAGAAGGAACGUGUUUGUGUCGUGUGCUUCGACUCAUCCGAGCGUGACAUAGCCGUUCCAUUCUCGGCCAUGUUUUCUAUCAAUUCAAAGCUACACAUGGGUAGCAGAGGUUCAAGUACCUGUACUAAACGACUAAAUAGCUCGUCUUCCAUUGCAACAUCCCGAACACAAUUUCUUUCACGCCAUCGUGUUUCGGACGACGCGACAAGCACUUUGGACGCAGGUUUACGCUCUCGACGAAAUAGCAUUGGACCGAUUCGAAAUAUGCUAAAGUCUACAGCUUUAAGCAUGUUUCGAAAUUCCCAGUCAAAGCGAAAUUUAGAUCCUCGACGACCUUCUCACAUGAUCACAGAAAUCGGUGCUCGAUUUCAUCGGCCUCAUCGGUAA